UUGUCCGAAUGUUUAUCCUGAGAAAAGCGGUUUAGCACCUGCAGGUGGCCGAAUGGACUACACCAACUUAAUCAUUUAGUUAUGCAGCAUUAGUAAGAAGUUAAGGAAUUAGCCAACGGAAAUGUAACUUGAUAAUCGUAAUGGCACAGUUUACCAGUUAACUGACCAUUUCGUCGAUACAAAUAGAGCGUAAAUCUGUCCAAUUUAAAGUUGGACGGUCAUAGCCAGCUAACGUUAAAGUUAAGCUAUGUGCUACUGCAACUUGGCUAACGUUAAGUUGGUAGUCUUGACUUAGUAGCUAGUUCAUUUAACCGAUUUGGGCUAUUUUAUUCUGAUUAAACAUUUCUGUUGAGGGUCGUGCGUUUAGUUUUAGUACAACAGUUGGCCGAUUUUGUCGCGGACGGAGAAAAAGUUGUGUUUGUGAAGUCGUCGGUCAGAGCUAAGCCGGUAGAUGGCAGCACAGAUUCAUAAUCCUGUCCAGUAUUUCGGAGGCCCAGUAUAGACUGCCCCAGCCACAGUGGAUAACCAACAGGAGUCAGUUAAGAACAUACUGGAUGGUCUUCAAAAUAAUAUUGUUGAUUUGGAAAAUACCUUAACCAAGCUAAACUCUUCAGUUGAGGUAGUUCAGUGUGACUCAGAUAACUCCGAGUGUCAGCUGAGCUCUGGAUCGGAUGAGGAAUGGCAGGUCCAGCUGUGCCCACAGUCUGCUGAGGAGCAGGCGGAGGAGCAGGCGGAGGAGCUGCAGACCGUACUGAAGGAGCUACAGAGAGAGAGGCAGCAGCUGAACACCAUACUGCAGAGGUUCAGAGUCACAGAGGGAGUUCAGGUUGCAGAGUCUGAGGCCAGUGGCAGUGGGCCGACUCGUGUUGUGCACCGUGUGCAGGAACAGGAGGACGACCUCGGACAGAGGGUGGACCGCCAGCGUACCAUGCGGAGAAGUCGACCAUCGACCAGCCCGACGCGAGGGCUCGCCCUCAGCCCCAGCCCUCCCCGCCACUCCCCUGUCAAGGGAGGGACGUAUGACUCGGAGCUGAUGCGGGUGCUGCGGGAGAGGGACGAGAUGCAGGCCGUGCUGGAGAAGUACGAACGCCACCUCUCCGAGAUCCAGGCCAACGUCAAGGUUCUCACCGCGGACCGCGACAAGACCAGCAUGCACUACCAGCAGCCACGAUCGGGACACAGCCUCAGGGAGAGACUCAAGAUCACCCAGGAGACGGCCAUCAGUGAGCGAGCUCAUCUAGAGCAGCGUGUGGAAGACCUGCAGACCGCCGUGCUCACUCUGGAGCAGGAGCGUGGGGAGCAGCGUAGCCGGCAGCUGCUGCUGAAGGAGGCGAUGAGGGAGCUGGAGCAGGAGGUGCAGGGUCUCAGCAGCAAGCUCUCUGGAGCAGAGGAGGAGCUCAGCGGAUACAGGAACCAGUGCAGCGUCCUCAGGCUUUCUCAAAAUCAAACGGAGAGUAACCUGAAUGAGACCCAGCGGCGACUCACUUCACGCAUCGGAGAGCUGCAGAAAGUCCAGGAGAAGAAUAAACAGCUGGACGAAAAAAAUGAGUCCUUGUUGAGGCAGCUGCAUGCUAUGAGGGAGGAGAUGGGCUCUGUGCAAAGCUCCAAGUCAGACUUGCAGCAGCGGACACUCUCUCUGCAGGAGCAACUGGACAAGAAGAGCCUGCAGCUCUCGAUGGCCAACUCCCAACUGGACGACAAUGAGAGGACCAUCAGAGGCCUGAAGAUCACUGUAGAGGAACUAGAGACCACCAUUAGGGGGCUGCGUGACUCAGUGAGCGUUAGAGAUUGUGAACUGGGCCUGGUCAGGAAGAAGCUGUCGGACUCCGAGGAUGAGCUGGGUGCUACACUCAAAGCCAGAGAUGCCACAGCUCGGGAGGUCAGCCAGCUCAGAGAUGAUCUGGACAAGGCCCGCAUUGACAACCAGGCACUGCAGUUAAAGGUGGACGACUGCUCACAGGAAAUGGAUAAUCUCCAGAGAAGAGUGCAGGACUAUGCAGAAGACAUCUCCCGCAUUGAGGACCUGCUGGCCUCUAAGGAGCACGAGUGUCGGGAGCUGCAGGAGGGUCGGCGGCGGGCUUCGCUGCAGGCUGAGAGCUGGGAGAGUCAGGCACGGCAGGCGGAGACGGUGGCCAGUCAGCUGCGUAUGGAGCUGGUCACCGCUGACCUGGAGCGCCAACGCCUCAAGGAGAAGCUGGCCAGCCUGGAGGCCAACCUGGAGGAGGCCGUGAGUGCAGAACGGGGCAGCUGCGGUCAGCUCUCCCAGUUGAACCGGCGUCUGCUGCAGCUGGAGGACGAGCUGAGGGAGACCCAGAGACAGCAGUCCACCACACACACCGACCUGGAGAAGACACGCCAGCUCUGCGUCAAACUGGACAUCAGCAAGGAAGCUUUGCAGCAUGACCUGGACGCCUCCCAGAGUGAGUUGAGCAGCCUGAGGAAGCAGCUGUCCAGCGAGCGAACGUCCACGCGCACCCUGGAGGCUGUGCUGUCCACCACGCGCGACAAGGACCUGCAGCGCCAGCUCAGCUCUGAAGAGCGCAGCGUCGAGGUCCAGCUGCUCAGGGACAAGCUCACCAAGGCCGACACCAAGGCGAGCUCCCAGAGUAGAGAGGUGGCUCAUCUGAGGACUCGGGCAUCCCAGCUGGAGUCUGAUCUGGAGAUGACUAAGAAGCAGCUGGCCACGGAGCGCUUUGACAGAGAGCGGGCAGUGCAGGAGUUGCGUCGGCAGGGCCUGUCGUCCACCCUGUCGUCCACCUUGUCUUCGUCGCUGCGUCCCUCCUCUCCCUCACGCCGCUCUGUCAGCCCCCAGCGCCCCUGGUCCCCAGAGCGCCCCUACCACAGCACGCCAGAGCAUCGCUCCCCUAAGCGGAAUGCCAUACUGCGGGACCUGUAUGACUGAGCGCCCCAUCAUAAUGCAGUCUUUUGGUCGCUCAGUGUACUCUUAAAAAAUUACAUUUUUACUUUUUUUUACAUAUCAGUUAUUUUCUAUGAAUUAUACAUGAACUUUCAAGAAUAACACAGUAUUGUGUCUGAAUGUCUCAAUAAAUUGGUGGUGUUUUAUACUGUU